AUGCCCCAGCCCUCGCACGCCGGCAUCGGCGCAGGGCGCAACGCCUAUCUGCAGCCCGCCACGCCCGCGCUCGCCGACGUCGACACGCCGUCGAUGUACAGCGACCCGUUCGAGUACAGCGUCGCAGGCGGCGGAGGCGGCUACACGGCGCACCUGCAGCGCAGCAACACGCACGCCACGCAGCACACCCUCGGGCCCGCCGACUCCGUCUCGGCGUACCGCGUGCCGUAUGCGCAGCAGCAGGCGCCGCACGCCGCAGACACGCUGUACGAGCAGCAUGAGCCGCACGAGGCCGAGCCGCGGCGGCGCUCCGGCGUGCCCGACCGCAGCACGCGCUACGAGCUGCGCGACGAGGAGGACGAGCGGCGCUACGAGUCGGCACAGAGCCGUGCGCAGCAGUACGGCUACGAUGCGCAGCCGUACACCGAUCCCUACGGCGGCAGCAGCGCGGCGGCACAGCGGCAGAGCUACCACGCCGGCGCGCGCGAUCCAGACAUGAGCUACGGGCAGCACGGGCAGGAGAGCAGCUAUGGCGCCUAUCCAGCCUCGUACGGCGGCUAUGACGCCUCGCAUGCGCGCUACAGCAGUGCUGCUGAGCUGCCGCUGCGCGCCCACGGCGCCUCGAUGGGCUAUGCCGACGACGAGGCCGACGAGGCGCGCCAGCUGGCCAUGGCCGACGACAAGCACGCGGCGGCGCUGCUGAGCAACGACGUGCGCAACAAGGAGUGGAAUGAGGCGGCUCUGCCGGUCGGAUCUGUGCGGCCCGGCUGGGGCGGCUCGCAGGAGGAGAAGAUCGAGCGGCGGAGGAGAGGCUUGGGCCGGCAGCGGUGGGGCAUACUCAGCUACGUGCUCGCCAUUGCAUACGUGGCGGUGUUCAUCGUCGAGCUCAUCAAGGCCAAGGCGGCCACGGGCCAGGCGAUCCAGACAAAGCCACAAUGGAACCCGAUGCUAGGGCCGCCAUUCGAGUUCCUGAUUUCAUUUGGCGCCCGAUUUGUCCCAUGCAUGCGUGUCGUCGCCUCGGUCCCCACCACCACGCAGCUGCCGUGUCUCUCAGCGCUCACCAAGGAUGUCAACGCGUACACGGCCGACGAGCUGUGCCCCAUCUGGCAGAUCUGCGGCCUCAAGGACGCACAGAGCGUCGGCCAAAGCUGGCGCUACGUGACGCCCAUCUUCCUCCAUGCCGGCUUCAUCCACAUCAUCUUCAACCUGCUCGUGCAGCUGACGCUCUGCGCGCAAAUUGAGCGCCUGCUCUCCACGCCGCUCUACCUGCCGCUCUACUUCCUCGGCGGCCUUGGCGGCAACCUGCUCGGCGCCAGCUUCUCGCUGCCGGGCAUCCCGAGCGUCGGCGCCUCCGGCGCCAUCUACACCUGCAUCAGUGUCGAGCUCGUGGACCUCAUCUACAACUGGCACUACGAGUACCGCGCCAAGAUGCGCCUGACCGUGUCGGUCCUCUUUGCGAUCCUCGGCUUCGGCAUCGGCCUGCUGCCUGGACUCGACAACUGGGCACACAUUGGCGGCUUCGUGGUCGGCACGCUCGGCGGCCUGGCCGUCUGCCCCUCGAUCCACCCCACGCGCAAGCACCGCAUUGUCAUUUGGGUGUGCCGCGUCAUUGGCGCUGCGCUGCUCAUCGGCUUCUUCGUCGGCAUCGGCGUCACGGCCAACUCGGAGGACCCGAGCAAGGCGUGCACGUGGUGCCGCUACCUCACCUGUCUGCCCGCCUUCUCGCAGUGCAAGGGCAACGGCCUCACCACCUCCAACGCCACGUCGUCGAAUGCCGCACGCGCGCUGCUGCGCGAGCUCUGA